AUCUGCAUAAAAGUUGCAUGGAGAUUCUACAAAAUGACGCAGACGUGAAAGACAAAGAUGGAGUAUAUUCGAUAAAUGUCAAUAAUCGGGAAAAGAGUGUGUACUGUGAUAUGACUACCGAUGGAGGGGGCUUGACGGCUAUCCAAAAACGACAGGAUAAUUCUACAGACUUUUAUAGGACUUGGGCAGAUUACAAGAGAGGAUUUGGAGACCCAUCCACAAACUACUGGAUUGGAAACGAUGCAAUCCACUAUAUGACAAAGACAAAUCAGGAACUACGAGUGGAAAUGUUGAGUUUUGAUGACGAGAAAGCGUACGCCCUGUACUCCACAUUUCAGGUUGGAAACGAGAGCAGUAAAUACCAGCUAACAGUGUCGGGGUAUUCAGGAACAGCGGUGCUUCCUGUCGUGGAUAAAAAUAACAAUCCUCAAAUGCUGGAAGCUGUUAAAGAACUAGAAGACCAUGUUGGGAGCUUCAAUGAUGAUGUCGGACAAGCUGUGUUUGAUUUACUGCUGGAAUAG